AUGAACUUGACGAUUGGCGAAGAUCUGAUACCGUUUGAUGACACUUUUAUCUUAUAUAAUCCACACGAUAUAAUCAGUGUACUUAGUGUCUAUCUAUCGUUAUCACCGAUCUUAAUUCUGAUGUUUUAUCUAUCAUGGCUGAUAAUAACGAGAGAAAUUGAGUCCGUUAUUGUGGCAUGUGGUCAAUUAUCUAAUGAAGUAUUGAAUAAGAUUCUAAAGAAGUUGAUAAAGGAAAAUAGACCAUAUGGCAUCACGUCGUUGCAUUAUAACUCGACGAUAAAUUUCAAUAUGGGGCCUGGUUACGGUAUGCCAAGUGCACAUUCGCAAUUUGUCGGGUUCUUCACAGUGUAUUUCCUACUCAGAAUCAAAUACAAAUGGAAGUUUGUUCCUGUGGACCAUAUUUUGUAUUCCACAUUGAUUGCAACCCUGGGUGCAUUGGUUUGCUUUUCUAGAAUCUACCUAUGCUAUCACAAUUUGAAACAAGUUGUCGUAGGUUACUCCAUCGGGUUACUGAAUGGAUCCCUUUACUAUAUCUUCGUGGAUUUAGUAAGGUCCGUGGGCACAAUAGACUAUUUACUAAACACAUGGAUAUUUCAACGGUUCUACAUUAAGGAUACAUGCAACCUUUGUCCAGCCACACUACAAGAAGAGCACAGUUCGUAUCGCUCUAGAACUGUCAAACCUAAAUCGCAAUAG